AUGUCGACAGGCAUGGAUCAACGCGAGCUUGAAUCCUGCAUCAAGCAGCUCAACAAAAUCGUCCAGGCGAACGAGCCUCCUGCGACUGCCCUUGCUCUCCUUGAGCGUCUGAAAAAGGAAGCCGCCCCCACGGAGGAGAUGCUCAGGUCCAGUAGAGCUGGUGUUUUUGUCGGCAAGCUUCGAUCGAACUCGAACAAGGACAUCGCCCGAGCCGCUACCGAACUUGUCCACAAAUGGAAGAAGCUCGUCGAGGCCGAGAAGCAGGGCAAGAUCAAGAAGCAGUCGUCCCCCGCGGCUCCUUCUCCGACCCAGGCCUCCGCACCAAAGCCCUCCUCGUCAAACGCGAUGAACCAACCCUUCAAGGGCAAUCCAGAGCUCCGUCGUGCCAAGACCGAUGGCUGUGACACCAAGCGUACCGGUGACGAAACGCGCGAUUCCUGCAUCGAGCUGAUCUACAACGGUCUCGCCUACCGAUCUACCGCCCCUAUUAACGAUGUUCUUACAAAGGCCGUCGCCGUGGAGUAUGCUGCGUACAUCCAUUUCAAGGGUGUCACCAAGGAGUACCGUGAGAAGCUGCGCUCCUUGUUCAGCAAUCUCAAGGUCAAGAGCAACCGUCAGCUCGGUAUUAACGUCAUGGAGGGCAAGAUUACCCCGGAGCGGUUCGUGGUCAUGACCCAUGAGGAGCUCAAGUCGGAUGAGCAACGGAAGAAAGAGGACGCUCUUCAGCAAGAGAACAUGAAGAAGGCCCAGGUCCCCAUGGCCGAGAAGAGCAUCAGCGAUGCUCUCAAGUGUGGCAAAUGUGGUCAGAAGAAGGUUAGCUACAGCCAGGCGCAGACGCGCAGUGCUGAUGAACCGAUGACGACAUUCUGCGAGUGUACUGUCUGCGGUAAUCGCUGGAAGUUCUCUUGA